AUGGAUUCAGACGAUGAACAGCCGAUUUCACAACCUCCCCAGCGCAAUAAUGCCCGAGAGCGUGCUCAAAAAUGGAUGACCAAGGGUGGCCUUGUUCGAGAUGACUCGGACGAUGAGCUCGGGGAAGAAGAUCAUCCCUGGGAUUGGAUUUAUGAAGAGGACGAGGAAGAGAAAGAGGAAUCACGAAGACAAGGACUGAAUGGGUCUGAGGUUGCAGGACCAGAGGGUGCUGGCGAGCCGAGUCGACGGCGCUCCUCCCGUUCUGGGGCGAAACGACAACAGACCAUCAUAGCAGCCCGCAUGGGCACUUUCGAGUGCCGAGUGGGACAGAUCAUCUUGCUGAAGUCUCCGGAACCCGGGAAGGAUUGGGUCGGAAUCAUCACAGAGUUUGUUGAAGAUGAGGAUGACGAUGGGGAGACGAUCAAGUCGGCGAAUAUCAUGUGGUUCGCAUCGCCCGACGAGUUCAUGUCGACCAAAAACAAGCGGAGAUCAGACGCUCUUCCAAAUGAGCAGUAUCUAACACUGGAUUUCAACAUCAACCCUUUAACCUCAAUCAACGGGAAGGCGACUGUCAUGUCUAAAGAUGCCUUUUACGCCAGGUAUCCGAAUGGCUCCCCACCGAAGGGGAAAAACCAGCUGGCGGAGUACAACAAAUGCAUUAUUUGCCGAAGAGGGGUAAAUCAAUUGCAGGGAAGGUAUACGGAAGAGUUUGUGUGGGAAGAUGUCUACGAUGAAACCAAGAUUUUUGGUCUCAUUGACAUGAUCAAGAACGGUCUGAAGGCGGCUAAAAAACGCAAAGCGGAGGACAGCGAUUAUGUGUAUCAGAAAACUGAUGAUAAUGUCCCAACUACGCCGAGGAAGAAACAGAGGACUACGAAUGCAACCCCUCAAUCACGGCGUCAGAAGACGCUGACUACGCCAACUCAUAAGCGAAUCGUGGUCAAAAAGCCGCUGGAAUUCACUCCUCUCGGUACCCGUGUUCUUUCGCCGUCACACUUUGCUUCCCCCUACCGCCAGGCACGUACACUUCUUCACGUCUCUACAGUGCCUACCUCGCUUCCUUGUCGAAAGAAUGAGUUUGACACCGUCUACAAUCACCUGAGUGCGGCCAUCAUGGAGGGGACGGGCACUUGUAUCUAUAUUUCCGGUACCCCAGGAACUGGAAAGACCGCCACUGUUCGCGAGGUGGUUGCGCAGCUUAAUCUUGCUGUGCUAGCGGAGGAGCUGGACGAUUUUGUCUUCGUCGAGAUCAACGGCAUGAAAGUCACAGACCCCCAUCAGUCGUACUCACUGCUUUGGGAAGCUCUGAAAGGUGACCGCGUCUCUCCCUCUCACGCCCUGGAUCUUCUCGAGAGGGAGUUCUCGACCCCUUCCCCUCGCCGUGUUCCCUGUGUGGUGCUCAUGGAUGAGUUGGACCAGUUGGUUACCAAGAAUCAGUCGGUCAUGUAUAACUUCUUCAACUGGCCUGCUCUCCGUCAUUCUCAUCUGAUCGUUCUGGCUGUCGCAAACACGAUGGAUCUGCCCGAACGAACCCUCAGCAACAAAAUCUCAAGUCGUCUUGGACUCACCCGUAUCACAUUCCCGGGGUACAAACACACAGACCUCAUGGAAAUCAUCACCACACGGUUGUCAAAUGUCCCCGGAAAUAUCGUCGACCCGGACGCCGUCCAGUUUGCUAGCCGCAAGGUUGCUGCUGUCAGUGGUGACGCCCGGCGCGCUCUUGAUAUUUGCCGCCGUGCCGUUGAGAUUGCAGAACAAGCCUAUGAGGCCCUCGGCGUCAAGAAACUUGAUAUUGAUAUCGAUGAAACGAUCAUGGAAGAGACCGAGUCGCUACCUCCGACUCCAAGCAAGACUCCCGCUCGUCGUGAGAAAGCGAACGAAAGAUCCAAGGCACUGAACACGAAGCGGGAGCCAACUCCACAACCUAACAACAGUCGCGUUCGAGUCACCAUCGCUACGAUCAAGCAGGCCAUCCAAGAAGCAACCUCCACCCCCCUACAGCAAUCCCUACGCUGUCUUCCUCUCUCUGCGAAGCUUUUCCUCGCCGCGCUCUUGAUGCGAGUCCGCCGCACUGGCAUCUCAGAGACGACGUUUGGCGACAUCCUCGACGAAGCCAAACGCAUUGCUGACGCCGCUGUCGCCGUUGCCGGUGCCGCGGGGGGGAACGUCCGGCAAUUCCUGCUGGGCGAGGGCAGCGGAGCCCGUGUCCAGGCCCUCGGGUUCGUCGCAAUGGAGCUGAUGAACUCAGGCGUGAUUGCUUUGGAGCACGGGGCGGGCAUCAAAACCCUGGGCGGGUCGCUUGUCUCAGCUCGGGGUGACCGGAGCAGCAAAAUUAGGCUCCGGGUUGCUGCCGAAGACGUACGAGCAGCGUUUCGAGAAGACACCGAAGCCAAGAGCUUUGGGUUGGGCAUUGAUCAGUGA